UCCAAAAUGAUUUCCUGCUAUCAACACCGACAUUAAUAUUAGACUGAGGUGCUGGAGAUUAGGAUUUGGCUUUGUAGAAACUGCUUAACCUCAGAGCUUAGAAAUUUCAAGAUCCAGCCCGUAUUAUGGCUGGCAGUGGGUCCAGAUCAGGAUCAGCCAGUGGAUUUUCUAUGAAAUCACAGCUGCAAAUCACUGUCAUUUCAGCAAAACUAAAAGAAAAAAAUAAAUGGUUUGGACCUAGCCCUUACGUGGAAGUCUCAGUAGAUGGACAGUCAAAGAAGACAGAAAAAUGCAACAAUACAAAUAGUCCGAAGUGGAAGCAGCAUCUUACAGUAAUUGUCACCCCUGUGAGUAAAUUAAACUUUCGGGUCUGGAGCCAUCAGACGCUAAAAUCUGAUGUUCUUCUGGGAAGUGCUGCUUUGGAUAUUCAUGAGACUUUGAAAUCAAACAGUAUGAAACUUGAGCAGGUAGUUGUGACCUUGCACCUUGUUGGUGACAGAGAACCAGCAGAAGUGGUAGGAGACUUGUCCGUCUGUCUAGAUGGCAUGCAGGUAGAUCCUGAGCUCCUAACCAAUGGUGACACCUCAAGUGUAAGAAGUCCUGCACAGAAUGAUACCUCCAGAGCAAAGAAUGACGCAAGGACUAACUCGAAUGGCCUUGAAAGCUGUGAAGAUGCAGCUGCUAAUGAAAACAAGACUGUUAAUGGCAGUGAUUCACCGUUACUCACAAACGGAAACUAUAAACCUUCCAGACCUCCCAGGCCUUCUAGACCACCUCCACCCACUCCCCGUAGACCCACUUCAGUAGCUGGAAGUGCCAAUGGUCCUUCAUCCACAUCCGCAGAAAACGAUGGGGCCGGUGCAGGAUCACUGCCGGGUACAGCUGCAAGUACUUCCUCAGAACAGAGCCCUGAGGGGGCAACAGCUGGAACAGCAGCUCCUGCACCUGCUGCCCUGACCACACCUCCGGUGUCAAGACAAGUCCAGCCAGUAAAUCCUCCACCUCAGGCGCUUACUACAGUCAGCCAAGGUCCUCUUCCACCUGGUUGGGAGCAAAGAGUAGAUCAACAUGGUCGAGUAUACUACGUAGAUCACGUUGAAAAAAGAACGACGUGGGAUCGGCCAGAGCCUCUUCCUCCAGGCUGGGAGCGACGAGUUGACAACAUGGGGAGAAUUUAUUAUGUUGACCACUUCACUAGAACAACAACGUGGCAGAGACCAACGUUAGAAUCCGUCCGGAAUUACGAGCAGUGGCAGCUUCAGCGCAGUCAGCUUCAAGGAGCUAUGCAGCAAUUUAAUCAAAGAUUUAUCUACGGGAACCAGGACUUUUCUUCCACACAGAACAAAGAGUUUGAUCCUCUUGGCCCUCUGCCACAUGGAUGGGAAAAGAGAACUGACAGCAAUGGCAGAGUGUAUUUUGUCAAUCACAAUACACGUAUUACUCAGUGGGAAGAUCCCAGGAGUCAGGGUCAAUUAAAUGAGAAACCCUUACCAGAAGGCUGGGAAAUGCGAUUUACUGUGGAUGGUAUUCCGUAUUUUGUUGAUCACAAUAGAAGAACCACUACAUAUAUAGAUCCCCGCACGGGCAAGUCUGCUCUAGACAAUGGACCCCAGAUAGCUUAUGUGCGUGAUUUCAAGGCAAAGGUUCAGUAUUUCCGAUUCUGGUGUCAGCAACUGGCAAUGCCACAACACAUAAAGAUUACAGUGAGCAGAAAAACAUUAUUUGAGGACUCAUUUCAACAGAUAAUGAGCUUCAGCCCUCAGGAUCUACGGAGACGUUUAUGGGUUAUCUUCCCUGGUGAAGAAGGCUUAGAUUAUGGAGGUGUUGCAAGAGAAUGGUUCUUUCUAUUGUCACAUGAAGUUUUGAACCCAAUGUAUUGCCUGUUUGAAUAUGCAGGGAAAGAUAACUACUGCUUACAGAUAAACCCAGCCUCUUACAUUAAUCCAGACCAUCUGAAAUACUUCCGUUUUAUUGGAAGAUUCAUUGCCAUGGCUUUAUUCCAUGGGAAAUUCAUUGACACUGGUUUCUCUCUGCCGUUCUAUAAACGUAUCCUAAACAAGCCAGUAGGACUCAAGGAUUUAGAAUCUGUUGACCCAGAGUUUUACAACUCUCUCAUCUGGGUAAAAGAGAACAAUAUUGAAGAAUGUGGCUUGGAAAUGUUUUUCUCAGUUGAUAAAGAAAUUCUAGGUGAAAUCAAAAGCCAUGAUUUGAAACCAAAUGGUAGCAACAUUCUAGUCACAGAAGAAAAUAAAGAAGAAUAUAUUAGGCUAGUAGCAGAAUGGAGGCUUUCCCGAGGUGUUGAGGAGCAGACACAGGCUUUCUUCGAGGGCUUCAAUGAAAUUCUGCCACAACAGUACUUACAGUAUUUUGAUGCUAAGGAACUGGAGGUGCUUUUAUGUGGAAUGCAAGAAAUUGAUUUGAACGACUGGCAAAGACAUACUAUCUACCGGCAUUAUACCAGGACCAACAGACAGAUAAUAUGGUUCUGGCAGUUUGUGAAAGAAAUAGAUAAUGAGAAGAGAAUGAGACUCCUGCAGUUUGUUACUGGAACGUGCAGAUUACCAGUGGGAGGAUUUGCUGACCUCAUGGGGAGCAAUGGACCCCAAAAAUUUUGUAUUGAAAAAGUUGGAAAGGAAAAUUGGUUACCUAGAAGUCAUACCUGUUUCAAUCGCUUAGACCUUCCACCCUAUAAGAAUUAUGAGCAGUUGAAGGAAAAGUUGUUAUUUGCAAUUGAAGAAACAGAAGGAUUUGGGCAAGAAUAACUAGCUAUAAUUUGCACCUUGAAGAAUGUGACCUCGACACAUGAUGUAUGUUCUUCACUUCUUCUGCUUAUUGCACACUUCAUUGUAAAGUAGACUUGACUUGGAUCUAUUUAACAAAUACUAGCGUGUAAGUCAAUGGAUGUUAUCCUGAGGUUUUACCCACGUUAACUCUGGAUUUCUACUGAGCACUUUCAGAAAUCAAAUGAGCAAUCAGAUGAAUUAUGAACUAAGUAGAUAUUUAAAACAGCUUUGGGCUCUGCUGUGUUUCACUGUUCAUUAAUUAGAAUGCGUCCUUAAUGACUGACAGAUUUGUAAGAAUAGCUUUGUCUUUCCUUUUUAGUAGCAUUUUUUGCUACUGAUGCACUGGGAAGUUCAUUGGUAGCUGCAGUGCUGCAGCAUCCUCAUAAGCCUCUUUACAGCAGUGUUAUUGGAGCCGGCUUGUAACCAUCCUCUGGGUACUAUGAGCAAAUUCAUUGCUUAUGCUCUUUUUUUCUAACUCAAAUGUGGCCAGACUGUUUUUUUGCCCACCUGGAGUCUACUCACAUGCCAGCUGGAUUCAAGCUGCUGUUAAGGGGAUGUAGAAAUGUGGCAUAAAGCCAGGGCAUAGCUUUGCUUUUUUCUUUUUUCCCCUAAAUCCAUCUUUUUUUGGCAAAAUAAACAGCUGCCCAAAGUUGUUGGAACACUUUCAUGUGCCCUCAGAAGAAUUCUGGUAUUUUUCUGCGUAACACAUUUUAACUUUUACAAUGAUACACUGUGGUACUUCACUCAUUUUGCAAAAGUCAAGACCACCUGGGAUUGCACUGAUGCCAUUUAGAUUCAUGUUCGCAGACUGAUGUUUCUUGUCAAAAGUGUUAAUGGGAAUUAUACUCAGUGUUAUUCAUACAUGUUGCAGUCAGUUUUCUCUGAAUCUUUUACUGGGCUCUCAGGAAGAGGUAUAAAACAACUGGAUUUAAAAUGAUAAUACUUAUCUCUUUUUUUGUGAUGAACUGAUGUGUGAUAUUGGCUAAGGCUAAUAGAGCUAUAAAGUUCAGACAUGGAUUACAGAUUUUUGAAAUGUUGGAGCAUCAGUAAAUAAUUCUAUAAAGAUUAGAACUAAAGAAUUUAGGGGAGGCUUCUAAAUUAAUUCUUCCCUCAGCUGCUUGUAGCUCGUAACUUCUGUAGUGAGUUCUUAUUGGAUCAAUAACAUCUUUUACUUCCUUUUAGGCUCUGUUAAUGUUCAAUUCUCUUCUGGUUUACAAUGGCAUUUUACAUUUUACUGCUUUUUUAGACUGAAUGCACUUUUUGGGUAUGGUCAGCUCUUUUCUUAUCUGAAGGGAGGAAAGCAAACUUCGAUGAGAUGGGCUGUUAGCCAUAGUAAGAGAUGUGACACUUGAAACAGCAUGUAGCACAUGUUAAAGCAUAACUGCAGCUCAAAGCGUUGGGAUAGGAGCAGUUUAAGAGCCUUCUAGAUGUAGAGCUGCAACAGGACUAUGGAAAACUGUAAAACUGAAUUCUAGUCUUGAAAAGAAUAUUUCUUUCCUACUAUUCUUUCAGUCUUAACUGUAAGAUGGAAAAACUGAUUCAGGGCUAAGAAGAACCAAGACACUACAGUUCUAUAACUGACUUCAAGAGAAUUUUUCAGGUCAAAUAAAGUGAUGCAUGCCUACUGGAAGGCAGAAUGGUUAGACCCUACAGUGUACGACUCUUGCCAUGCAUAUUUAAGAAAAACGUAAAGAAUUUCUGAUGGCAUAGAAAUGACUUGUUUUAACUUCUCGCUGGUGGUGAGAACUAACCUGACUUCAUGGUUUUACGAGGAGGAAGAUCUGCCAGCUUCAAAAUAUUUGCUGGCUAUAUUACAGUACACAGUUCAUGAGGAGAAAAAGCCUUAUAAAUAUUUUCUGUUGAUGUUAAUUCUUACAAUGAAAUCUAGUUAUCUAACAUAUUUACAAGAGAGAUUAAAUUAAGCAAGAUAAUGCAAGAUAAAGCUAUGAAAAAUAGUUUGUGUUCUGCAUAAUGCUUUAUGAUUCAUGUAGGGAACCUAGAAAUACUGUUAAUGUAUAAAUAUCACCCAAAAGGCUUUCAGCCCUAUAUUUUUAAAAUAAAGAAUAGUUAUAAUUGAAAUAGCCUUAGCCCUAGUUCUAUAGGGUAUGGCUGUUUAAUAUUUUUAUGGUUGAAAUGUUUAGUUCAGGAAAAAGGUAAAUGCUUGUAUAUAUUUUUGCAGUCUGGGAUUCCACUUAUUCCAUUUUUUUCUUUCUUUCUUUAAUUUAAAUAGCAUGUUUAUAUGUCUUUUCUGCUGUAUUAGGAUGGGGGAAAGGGGGCUGGAUAUCCCAAGCACCAGAAAUAAUUUUCAAAUAUUGCAAAUAAAAAAUUCACUUGAAAAAAAUAAUCUUUAGAACAUUGGAUUUGCCCAAAAUAUAAGAAUUUAAGUUUACUCUGUUAAAUUAGCGAUAUUUCUGAAGUCAGAAUUAAAGAUUACUUGCACAUUUCACUUUGUAAGCAUUGUAAAUGCUAACAAAUCUGUUAAUUUUCUACAGCAUGUUGUGUAGAAAUAAAAAGGAAUUAAUAUGAGCCACUGAUUUACUCUUCUGUUCUUUAUGGGGGUCUGGUGAAAACAUCACACGGGUAAGCCCACAGUGCAUAGCAUACCAGAUAAUAAGUUGCUAUGAAUUGGACUACAAGCUAGACUUUCAGCACAGAGUAAUGAAGACAUCUCCCACUGCUUCAGCUGACUUAGCAGCCUAAGCCCCAUAAAUUCAUGGGGUGUAACAAGUGUAUAUUCAUGUGCAACUGUCAAUUGAUCCAAAUUUACAAGUAGCAGAAUAACUUUUAUUUAGAAUUUUGCCUUAUGAAAAGGACAUGAGAAUUAAUGAACCGCUGAGCCACUGAUCUAAGAUUUAACAAAGCCUUACUGUCCUGGGUAGUUCAGGACACAUUAAUAUAUUAAUGAAGUGCGCAGUAAAUGCGUCAUGUCUUCAUCUGAUUUAGUAUGGAAUUUUAUUUUUUUUAAUCCAGUUGCUUGUGUUAAAGCUUGAUUUUUUUUUUUCCUAUUAUCUGUGAAAC